AUGGAUUUACUUAAAGAUCAAAUCAACUUAAGAAAGCCUAUACCGACGCUUGUGAUCCCACAAUUGGAUAGCCAACAACAGUAUGAUUUCCUUGAAUUCCUUAGAUCACUUUACAAUCAAUAUUAUGCUAAAUUGGUAGUCAAAAAGUUCAUGCUUAACAAUGACAUCAUUGAUGAAUUCUAUGAAUAUUAUACAGAAAUACUCAGUUCAACGCCUGUAAAUGAUGAUGUGCUCACAUACAACAUUGGCAGACCAAUACUUAUCAGGGAGAAUCCUUAUCUUAUAGCUGCUAAUGGUACUACAGGAUUUCGUACGUGGGAAGCUUCUUCUUACCUUGGUGAAUACAUACAGGGAAAAUUUAAAGACAAAACAAUCCUUGAACUCGGAUGUGGGACUGGUUUAGUAGGAUUAAGUGUUUGCAAUGAGAAUUCCGUCAUAUUCACCGACAGAGACUUGAAUUUGCUACAUUCAUUGAAUGAAACGAUGAAAUUGAAUGGAUUACCGGACACAACAGUCCUCGAAAGCUCUGAACACGAAAAGCUAAAAGACAAAUCCACAAGCAUUUGCCAACUUCAAUUCGGCGAGUGGAGUAGAGAAGUGGACAUUGUUUUGGGAAGCGAUAUAACAUAUGCUCCUGAAAUUCUACCUGACCUAAUCAAAUGCAUCCACCAGUUCUUGAACAAAGGGGCCAUUGUAUAUAUAGGAGCCACCAUAAGAAAUGAAGAGACUUUCAGGGACUGGGAAGAGAGGUUGAAGAUUUUUGAUUGGACUGAAGUGAAAUUUAAUGGUGUCAUAAAAAUUUACGAGAUCAGACUCAAAUAG